AUGGACAGCUCCGAGGCAUCGUUGCUGUCGUUGGACCACCCGGGCCGCAUGCUGAGAGCAGUUGCUUGCAGCAAGCUUGGACCUGGGAGGAAGUUCAAGGCAGUGCAGGACUGGCUGCGAUCGAUUCUUUCCUUCGCGUGUUGGUAUUCUCCCUGCGUUCUGUUGCCGCGUGCUCAGUGCACUGCAGGCCCAGAUGUAGAGCCUGGAGCUCCGAAUCUUUCCGUGUCUGAGGAACGUUCACCACUGCUGGCAGAGAUGAUCUUGGACGUCUUGCCACAGGUUCGCUCUUCGGGUGCUCGCGUGGCAUGUGUUGCUACAAUGCACGAUGAUGCAUCGGUGCAUCGGAUGCUCUGGACGUGGCCAGCCUUGGAGCACAAGGUCCUGAUUCGGCAGCCCCAGCUGAAGGAGCGGCCCGAGAUUCUGCAGGCCCUCUGCCACCACAAGGUUGCAGAUGGAUGGGAGGUCUCCCCGGCUUUGCUUUCCGAAGGGGCAAUGGACGACUGGGCUGGACGCAUUGACGGCUUCAGCGUUGCAGAUCUCGCCAGCGUGGUGGAGCGGGCUUGUGUCGAGGCCACAGUCGAUGCCAGUGCUGGCAGGCUUCGAGGAGGAGACUCACGCUUGCCCGAGUGGGGCGACCGCCAGCGCAUGUCCAUGCAGCAUCUCGCCAAAGCUUGCGAGGACUUUGUGCCAGCUGCCAUGGCUGACCAGAGCUUCUUCACAUCGGACACAGGCCUGAAGGACAUUGGAGGUCUGACCGAUGUGAAGCAGGAACUGAUGGACAUGCUUACCAUGCCCACAAGGUAUGCCGUUCUUCUGGACCGCGCCCCUGUUCGAACGAGAAAGGGCCUGAUGCUGGUGGGCCCUCCCGGUUGUGGCAAGACGAUGCUGAUUCAGGCAGCUGCCUCCGAAACCAAGGGCCUUCUGAGGUUCUUGUCAGUGAAGGGUCCCGAGCUUCUCUCCAAGUAUAUUGGAGAGUCAGAGGCCGGUGUACGGAAGGUGUUCGAGCGGGCUGCAGCAGCAGCUCCGGCCGUGAUUUUCUUUGAUGAAAUAGAGGCGUUGGCGCCAAAGCGGGGAGCUGACUCGACGGGGGUGACCGAUCGAGUUGUCAACCAGAUGCUUUGCUACUUGGAUGGGGUAGAGGACCGAGGCCGCGUCUUCGUCGCCAGACGCUUUGCAGAAUGCAAACGUAUUGCAGAGGAGGAAGUUGCGUCCCAUGAUGUGGAGAAGCAAGCUGUGACGCGGACGCCUUCGGCACAAGAACGGCGAGCGCUCCGCCGCAGAUCUGGGCGCGUAGCCCAAGUUGCAAAGCGGCAGGCCCAGAUUCAGAAGGUCUGCGACGAUUGUGGCCGGUCUCUGUUGGAGAUGCCAGCGCCACCAGACAUCAACUUGUCACGGCGUGAUUGGAACAUACAGUUCGGGGCCUGGAAGCAGCGCCAGCGUCGACUUUCCCUCGGCAAGGGCUCAAGCAAAGGCCAGAAGGGAAAGCAUGGCAAGAAGGGCAAGAAAAGCAGAAAUGGACAAAGCAAGUAA